AUGGGUCUUGGAUCUUCACUAACUCAUUUGGUUCCUCAAGUGCCCAGGUCGCUCCAGUUUCGCUUCGCUUCUCGAGGUCGGCUUAGUGCCGUCUCCUACCGUCAGUUAUUACCGAUGGGCUUGUUCUCUGGCUUCGUGUUGGUGAACAUGAAGAGGAGCGAGGCCUGCUGGAGGGGCACACGAUGCGGUCCGUCCUCUCGAUCCUCCUGCUGCUGGUCCACAUGGGGGAGCUGGGGGAGGUGGUGGCCGGCGGCGGCUCCUGGGUCUGUGCCUGCGCCGCCUGGGCCGCCUGGUUCUCUGUCCAGUACUUCUACUUCACCAUCGAGGUAG